AUCGACAGGUGGUGUUUAGUAACGAAAGCGAGACUUGUCAAGACAGGACGGCCGCUUUCUUUUACUCAUUUUUCCAGAACGCGGUACAGAUACAUCUACGGGCAUAGGAUCAAAUUUCAAGAAAACAGUGGAUGAAUUCUGACUUAACAUUAAAAUUCAAGGAUAUUGGCAAAGGGAUUGCUUCAUUUUAUACGUAAUGGCAGAAGGAGGCAAGAAGAGCACGUCAGAUGUGCGAGUGGUGAUCUGUGGGGGAGGCAUUAUUGGAGUUUCCAUUGCCUACUAUCUGGCUGAGAAGGGAGUAGCAGCCACCAUCAUUGAGAGGAGAUCAGUAGCAUGUGCGGCCUCUGGAAGAGCUGGAGGAUUUUUGGCAAAGAAUUGGUGUGAUCAUAAUGAGCUCGGCCAUUUGGCAAGAAAAAGUUUUGAGAUGCACAAGGAGCUGGCAGAGAAGUUUGGUGCUAGUAAGAUAGACUACAGGCUGCUGGACACCUUUCAAGUGGACUCCCUGGAGGGAUUCCAUAGUGACUCGGAUAGUGGCAAGCCAGACUGGAUAGAUGGGUGUGUCACCAGUGUGGCCACGUUGGGGAACACCUCUACUACAGCACAAGUUCAUCCCUACAAAUUAACACAUGCUAUGUUAGAAGAGGCCCAAAAGAAGGGAGUAAAAUUGAUCAAGGGAGCUGUUGAAGGAAUCAAGUCAACACAUGAUAAACGUCCCAAAGUCCAGGGGGUAAAAAUUGCUGACCAAGAAGAGCCUAUCCCAUGUGACAUUGUUGUCAUAGCGAUGGGACCAUGGUCCCAUAUGGCCAGUCAGUGGUUUGCCCGGCUGCCUAAGGUGAAAGGCCAUAGAGCCCACAGCAUAAUGGUGAAACCCCCUACCCCCUUCCCAGCACACGCCUGCUUCAUAGAGCAUCGCUUGAAAAACGGGAUCACUAGAUCACCCGAGAUUUAUUGUCGUCCUGAUGGGGAAGUGUACAUCUGUGGUUUAGGCGAUGACCCUGAGCUUCCUGAUAACCCAGAAGAUGUUAAACCAGACCCGGAGACUGGAGAAAAACUGCUAGGGAUAGUGGGUGAGAUUUCGACGAAACUGGGCCAAGCUGAUAUCCAGAGGAAGUCUGCAUGCUUCUAUCCAGUGUCACCAGAUGGCACCCCACUCAUUGGGAAGAUUACGACUGCUGAGGGAGCAUACAUUGCUACUGGACAUAGUUGCUGGGGUAUACUAAAUGCUCCUGUUACUGGUGCUGCCAUGGCAGAGUUGAUUGUUGAUGGGCAGGCAUCAAUUGUUGAUCUAAAAGAGUUUAGCCCAAAGAGGUUUUGGGAAAUGGGAUGGUAUUAGUUUAUAGCUUAUAGUAUAGAACACAUCUACUGUGUAUCCUCUUGCAUUUGUUAACUGAGCUUUCUUAGUAAACAGGACUGCAAAUGCCAUUUAUUAAUGGUCUUUGGUGGUGCCAUGGGGAUAGAAGCCCCCGGGCCUAUUCUGGAGACCAGCACUAUGGCAUUUUAUUCACUGGGUUGGUAUUUGUUUAUUUAUGUUUAUUUUCAUUAAUUAUGCAUAUGGUGUUCUAUGCAGAAAGUUUCAAGUUUGUUUAUUUAUAGGUAAUAGUUUUGUAUUAUUAUUAUUAUUUAUAUUGUUUUUUAUUAUUUGUUAGAUAUUAAUUUUAUACUUAUUUGCUGAACACUGCUCAUUUCUCUGGAAUGUUACUUUAAUUGUGUAACUUAGAGCACUCUGCAUUUGGUGGGAUUCCCUCAUUAUAAGCUAGUGCUGUGGACAUGGCAUUAAUUCCAUCAGAUCAUAUUUCUCAUGAGGAGAAAGGAGUGGACUGUCUAACAUCACCAAAAUUCAGUCACAGGUGCCUCUUUUGAAGUCUCUGUUAAUGGCUGCUCAAGGUUACAGAGGGUGUAAAAAAGAAAAAAAGAAAACAAAAAAUACUGAUGAAUGCCUUAAAGGGAUAACAACUACAUUUUAGCUGGUAAAGUGCUAUAAAAAGGAUUUUUCUUGGGUAAACGACCAUUUUCCCAUACUUUCAAAUGGUUAACAAAUCUUUUCUGACAUUUAAAGUGAGUUGAUUUUUUUUUUUUUUUUUUUUUUUUGCGAUUAUCUCUUGAGAGAUUAUUAUGGAGUGAAGCUAUCUAUGAAGGUCCAGGUUGUCCGAUGGCAAGCACAGAUUUCAGAAUAAUUAAAAUAACUGCCGUUUUGGUUGUUAAAUGGAAUUUAUGAUAUUUCUACUAGCAUGUGUUCUUUACAAUGUAUUUAUUGUGGGAUUUUGAAUCUCAUGUUAGGAGUCGUUAUCCCUUUAACUUCAAAAUGGUAGAGCAACGUUCACCUUAAUUAAAAUUUAAUUUAUUUUUAUCAUCUAUAAAAAAUUAUAUUGGUUUUUUUUUUUUUUAAGGGAAGAGUCAUUAUUUAAUGUUUUUGAAGAAGGAAGUCGUGUUUCUUGAAUUCUGGGCUGUUUCAAAUCAUUGUUUAUUCAGGUGUAUUGCUUUGUAUUAGUUGAUCCUGUGGGAUCACAGGACUUCACUGUUUUGGGGUGUUCUUUUCAGCUGUGAUAUAUUAGAUAAAUAAAAAGUAGUCCUGCAGAAACAACCACAAAAAAAUUUAAAACUCGAAGAAAAAAAUUAAUAAGCCUUUGCAAAAUGGAUUGUUACUGCUGUUGUUAUCAUUUAGACUAAAGCUGAUAUGUAAUUUAAUAAAAGAGAACUAUCAGUUUUACACAUCAGUAGCAAUAUUUUUUUAAAAUGUGAAAAUAAUCUUUAUGUAAUUGACGAUAUCCAUUUUGUGUCUGUUUCUAUUUGCUGUUCUAUCAUGGUGCUCCCCUGCCCCCUCUAGCAGAAUUUUGUACUGAAAUACAUUACCACCUCAAUCACAGGUCACUGAAUUUUCUCACUUUGCCUACUGUUGAUUUAUUUUAACACUAUGGUACUUUAAAAGCCCUUUAGUAUGUUAAAGUUGUGAAAUGUGAAAGAUGAGUAAUGAUUUUCUACAUAAAUUUUAAAAGCAUAAUUAGUUCUAAGAAUAUUUAAAGAAUAUAUGUGAUUUUUUAAAAGACAAUGAGAUUAUGAACCCUGCAUUUUGUAUUUCAAGUGUUCCAUUGCAGUGUUAUAAGGUGUUCAUUUUAUGAGAUUUUGGCUGUUUUCCUUUUGAGAUGGCUAGUUCCAUUCUCUCAUUUGUGAGAGUUGAUACAUUUUUUUCUAGUAACUAAGUUGAUCUUCCUGCUAAAAAUUAUCUGUUGGAAAUGAUGGUGCAGGGAAUAUCUCUGCCAUGAAGUGCUAUGAAUGGUGCAUGAAACAUGUAAAAUAUGCUUUAACUAAAAGUACAUGUCAAGAAAAAUGACAGAAAUGAGCUGAUCAAACUACGUGUGCCACCUAAAUGUGCUAUUUGAGAUGGAAAGUUACUGUAUUGGAAUGUCGUCUUCUUUAUAUCAAGAAUGGACAAUUGUCUUGUGAAUAUUAGAUGUACUUUUAUUAUCUGUGUUUUGAAUUGGUGCUAUAGUUGAAAAUGUAAAACAUUCAGCUAAGGAAUAUUGCAGUCUCGAUAUCACGAUAUGGCGGUAUUAGAGCAAUAAGAAAUGGGAAAUGUAUCAGAGUGCUAGGAACUAAUUUACACCUGGGUUGCCUGAGGCAUGCAUGUUGAUCUUUUUAGCAGCUGAGGUACCUGUUAUUAACGUAACCUUAAUAUACAUAUGACAAAAUAUCUUCACAAUGGCAAGGCACAUUCAGUUCUUUUAUAAAUUAUAUAUAUAUUCAUGGGCAGGUGAUUUUAGUGACCUCGCUGUCAUCACUUCCGCAGCAGGUUUUUGCAGAGCUGCAGCACAUUUGUCCUACAGAGCGUUUGCCAUCAUGUCCUUGAGAAUACACCUUUUGCUGCCUUAGUCUAUAAGUGCAGAAUGAGAGACCAUUCCCACAGAUAUUUAGAUCGAUCUAUCCCCCUGGGGAGUCUCACUAGGUUGCUGUCAGCUUA